CGGUGAGAGCGCCAACGGAGCCAUGAGAGAGUACAAAGUGGUGGUGCUGGGCUCAGGCGGCGUGGGCAAGUCUGCGCUCACGGUACAGUUCGUGACGGGCUCCUUCAUCGAGAAGUACGACCCCACGAUCGAGGACUUCUACCGCAAGGAGAUCGAGGUGGACUCGUCGCCGUCGGUGCUGGAGAUCCUGGACACGGCGGGCACCGAGCAAUUCGCGUCCAUGCGGGACCUGUACAUCAAGAACGGCCAGGGCUUCAUCCUGGUCUACAGCCUUGUCAACCAGCAGAGCUUCCAGGACAUCAAGCCCAUGCGGGACCAGAUCAUCCGCGUGAAGCGGUACGAGCGCGUGCCCAUGAUCCUGGUGGGUAACAAGGUGGACCUGGAAGGCGAGCGCGAGGUCUCUUAUGGCGAGGGCAAGGCCCUGGCCGAGGAGUGGAGCUGCCCCUUCAUGGAGACCUCAGCCAAAAACAAAGCCUCGGUGGACGAGCUGUUUGCCGAGAUCGUGCGGCAGAUGAACUACGCGGCGCAGCCCAACGGCGACGGGGGCUGCUGCUCGGCCUGCGUGAUCCUCUAGGUGCUCGGGGCUCAGCGCGCCGGCCGCGCUCGCACUGCGCACAAAAGCCAAACGCACCCGACUGUCUAAAUGUGAUUUCUCUUCUUGCUUUGAGAUUGGAAAUGACUUUGCAUUGGCCGGGGUGGCCAGGGAGCCCUGCUGGCUUUCCUGGCCGGCGUCCCCUGCAUCCCCCUCGUGCCAGAGGAGGUGUCCCGUCCCGACCUUCCGAGACCCCAUGGAAAUGUGGCUCUUUGCAGCAUGUACGUUUCUCAUUGAUUUUGGUUGACGCAUAUUUCCCCGUUUAAGUAGCCGUUAGGGCGCUAUAUUGGCUUCUUGACACCGGCCAGCGAAAGUUUCAGCCUGGAAGAAAA